AUGCGGCUUAAAAAUGAAAUAAAAGGUCGUAGUGCAUCAUGGGAUGAAACAAUCAGUACAAUAUUAUUUGAUGCAUUAAGAGCAAUUCUGUUAAACGUAGUUGCCAGUUUGCCGACAAACGAGGCAUUGAUGCAAAAAAUUCGUCGCGAACGGCAAGCAACGCAACUCGAUGAAAAUGGUCAUUUACCUCUUGUAUUCCGACAAACUGAUCGUGGUGAAAACUUUGUCUUGCACGAAGAUGACGAUUAA